UAUUCCCUGAAAUGAAGGUCUCACUCCACUCUAUAACAUAUCCUUCUUCUCUGUUUGCUCUCUGUGAAGCGCUACCACGGCUUCUUCUCAAGGGCUCACGAGUUCCUCGUAGACUUCUUCUUUCGACUUCCGUUCCUACUUCCCGAAACGCCUCCGGCAUUUCGAGCCUGACGUAGGCUCUGGUUUGCUGCAAUUGUGUGACUCGACCAACCACGAGCUAUUAACAAUGUUGACUCCUCCGCGCUUCCACCGAAGGAGCUCCAGCGACGUUCCGAAAUCCGCAGAGCCCAUCGUCGUUAUGCUCCCUGACGGCUCCGUCAGGCUCUACGCGACGGACUCCGACAGCGACAUCGUCACAGCGCGCCGAGUCCUUGGCCCGUUCCCCGACCACGACGUUUUCGCCACCACCAGUGCUGGCAGCUUCGAGCCAUUGUCGCCCAAGCGCGUGCUCAAGCCAGGAGGCACGUACCAGAUAGUGCCACGCGACGUCGCGCAUCCUGCGGAGGAUCUGUUGCCAACGCACAUUAAGGAUUUAUUUUCAUCGCAUUCUAAAAGUUCGCCAGUGGAUCUGGAUGCGAUCUGUUCCGGGACAACGGGAAUCGACGGAAGGCGUGUCCAGCCAGGAUGCUGCGAUUUACGAACGACUCCUUCAACGACAACGUUCCGCGACCGACCUACUAAGUGCAGAAGCGCCGCCGAGCUAACCACGCUAAUCCCACUAAGGCAGGGCGGUGAUGACACUGCAGGGGAAAACGAACUGAGGGGUAACAUCUUCGGCAGUUCAAGAUAUUCCUGCAGCGUAUUGCUCGCUCAUCCAGUUUAUCCGACUGCCACGUGUCCUAGACCUGGGACCUCUGAUGGCACACGUGGCAACGCUGUCUGCAGUUACGGCAACGGUUUUAGGAGGUCGCACUCCCGCAAGAACUCCAUCUCAGAAGAUCUACUGAAAGCUGCUCAGCUGCAGCAAUUGGCUGGGCAGGCUAGAUGACAUGUAUGUUAUGAGCGUUGGUGUGAAGCCUGCUUGUGCUGACAUAGCAAAACCCAAGGUGUGCUAACAAUCCCCUGUGAAUAUCAACUCUAUUUGGGUCAGAAAUUAUUCGCGUUUGUAAAUGAACCACUUCUUAUAGC